GGCCCCGCAGGAGACCCUCCACAGGCGCGUCGUCGGUCAGCACGAGGCCGUCACAGCCGUGGCCAAGGCUGUGCGCCGCUCCCGUGCGGGGCUGAAGAAUCCCGAGCGCCCCAUCGCGUCGUUCAUUUUCUGCGGCCCCACUGGCGUGGGCAAGACGGAGUUGUGCAAGGCGCUCUCCGCCGCCUAUUUCGGCAAGGAGGACUCCAUGAUCCGCCUGGACAUGAGCGAAUUCAUGGAGAGGCACACGGUGUCGAAGCUCAUCGGCAGCCCUCCCGGCUACGUUGGCUACGACGAGGACAGCCAGCUGACAGACGGCAUCCGGCGCAAGCCCUACAGCUUGGUGCUCUUCGACGAGGUCGAGAAGGCGCACCCAGAUGUAUUCAAUUUGAUGCUUCAAAUUCUGGAGGACGGCCACCUCACCGACUCCAAAGGGCGGAAGGUGUCCUUCAAGAAUUCGCUUAUCAUCAUGACUUCCAACGUGGGGGCCAAGGUUGUCGAGAAGUCUGUUACCGGCGGCGGCGGCAUCGGGUUUUCCGGCAUGGAUGACGAGGACGAGGACACGAGCAGCUACAAGAGGAUGAAGCAGAACGUUACUGAGGAACUCAAGAAUUUCUUCAGGCCCGAGUUCCUGAAUCGUCUGGACGAGGUCAUCGUCUUCCGGUCGCUGACGAAGGACGAGGUUGGCCAGAUCGCAGAGCUUGAGUUCAGGAAGGUGUUCGAGAGAUGCAAGGAGAGGGGCGUCACCAUGUCGUUGACCGAGCGCUUCAAGAAGAAGGUCGUCGAGGAGGGCUUUAACCCCGUGUACGGCGCAAGGCCGUUGAGACGUGCCAUUACGCGGCUGCUGGAGGACGAGCUGUCGGAGUCGUUUUUGGGCCAGGCCACCUCGGAGGACGAGUGCGUGCUCGUCGACAUCGACGAGGAGGAGAAGGUGCUGGUGCUGCGGGGGCAGCUGCCCCAGGACGGCGAGGACGGCGAGGACGGCGACGCGUCGCAGGUCUCAGACGAGGUGAAGGAGCCCAUGGCGGCGUAGAUCCUCGGGCGCGGUCCGGGCUGCACUGGCUGCGGGACAGCAACCUUCUUCCAGCAUGACUCCGAGGCC